AUGAAACCCGGCAACCGCAGACUGCUUCCGAACGGCGGCAGCCCCACCCCACCACCUCUCCCGGCAGUACCGGGCAAAGCCGCCGCCCAGCUCUACUCGUCCUCCAAUUCCAUGGCAGUGACGGCGCUCAUAAUCCUCCUCGCAGUCUUCUUCUUCGGCUUCUUCUCCGUCUACGCCCACCGCUUCGUCUCCGGCCUCCGCCGCUCCGAAGCCCGUCGCUGGCGCGCGCGUCAGCAGGCGGCCCGCCGGCAGAGGGGAAGUCGCUUCGAGGCUGCCUGCGGCCUCGACCCCUCCGCGGUACUCGCUCUGCCGGUUCUGCGCUACGUCGGCGCGGGAGAGGGGGUAGGGAAGGAAGGGUGCGUGGUCUGCCUCGGCGAGUUCGAGGAGGAGGAGUGGGUGAAGGUGAUCCCCCGGUGCGGCCACGUGUUCCACCCGAGCUGCAUCGAUGCGUGGCUGGUGUCCCGUGGGUCGUGCCCGAUCUGCCGCUGCUCCGACGUGUUCGCCUCCUGCUCGACCUCCAUUGUCCUCGGGUUGGAGGCAGAAGGAGCGGCAGCAAAGGAGGCAGGUUUAGGGAAGAGGAGCUGCAGCUGCCGCUGGAGGGGAGAUCAGGGAGCGGAGAAGGAUAAGAAGGCAGAGGUGUACCUGCGGCGCACCUGCAGCUCGUGA